CUCGGAGCCCGAGCGAACCGGACGCCAGGGGCGCCGCCCCCCCUGCCCGAACCCGGCCGAUGGGAGCGGCUGUAUUUGAACCAAACGGCCUUCGCGGGCCGCCGCCGCCGCUGCCCGGGCUUCGGAGCCGCCCGUUUCCAUUCCCCGCCUCAGGUUCCCGCAGAGCCGCGGCAGCCGCGGGAAGCAUCCGCCCUCAGGAGACGAUGCUUGAGCUACAAGGAAAAGCUCUUCCCGCGCCAUCGGAGCUGUAGUGGACGCGCGAGGUGCUGACCGCAGGCCGCCGAGGGGCGAGAUGCUGAACUCCACCGACGACCUGGAGUUCGAGACCGCUGAGAACAUCGAGGAGAUCUCCCAACUGUCUGCCCUGGAGCUGUGCGAUGCAUCCUCCAGCGAGCAAAGUUCAACUGGCACCCCCGAGAAAACUGGUUACCCGGACUCUGUGUACGUGACGGCAGCAAAUGUGUUUCGGGGUAUUCGGAUCGAAAAGUCGCCAGAGAAAGCCUUAAUAAAGUACGGGAGCGAACCCCUGCAGUCCCUGCCCCAGUAUGAGGACGAGUCCUUGCAGCGAUUGUCCUAUGAGCUGGCGUUCAGCACCCUUAAGUAUCAAGAUAUUUUGGAAAGUAUAUUAAUAGACAGCUAUAUCUUCCCAAGUACCACAAUACCAGAUCACUUGAGCAGUCUUAUUGUUGUGAUGCUAUAUGAUUUCCAAGAUAGAAAAUUCCAAAAUCGUGUUAUUACUGAUAAUGAAGAGUCCAUAGCGGAAGUUCAAGAAGUAGAGAACCUUCUCAACAGUUUUAAGACAAAAUUGGCUGCAGCAUUGGCAAGAUGUCGAAUCAAACACGACGCCCUUUCUAUAUACCAGAUUCUGCCAGAAGAAGUCAGGAAGCAGGAACUAAGGGCCUCCACCUUGCCACUUUAUGCUUGGAUAAAUACCUGUAAAAUCAGCCCUGAAAAUGUUUUUAGCAAUUUGAAGAAGAAAGGCUAUAAUAGAGUCCAAUCUGUACUACAUAUCGAUGGAAAAGUCUUUGCUGUGGACCAACAUUGUUGUGAUGUUUUAAUUUUUCCAUCUCAUCUUAAAAGCGAUCUUAUCAAUACAGACCUAUUCAAAGAGUACAAACUUAUUUUUCAGGACAAAUCUCGAAGUCUUGCUGUCCAUUCUGUAAGGGCUUUACUAAAUAUGGAUGAUGAUAUCUUAAUGGUCAAUACAGGUUCAUGGUACACAGUUGCUCAUAUGUCAAUCUUAACAAGCAGUAAUACCACAAAAGUCUUUGUAUGUGGAGUACAGUCACAAGCUAAAGAUCCCGACCUGAAGAAACUUUUCACAAAAAUGGGAUGUAAAAAUAUUGAGAUUCUUCCGGAGACAUUUGUUAACCUUGAAUCGAAGGACCACAGGUUACAGAAGGUCAAAGUGAUUUUGCUGCUGCCUCGUUGUUCUGGACUGGGGGUCAGCAACCCCGUAGAAUUUAUUUUAAAUGAACAUGAAGAUGCAGAUUUGCUUAAAGAUCACUCACAAGGGGGCACCUCAGAAGAUAAGCUUCUGGCUCUUGCUCAGCAGCAGUAUGAACAGCUCAUACAUGCAAUGAAAUUUGCUAAGGCCCAAGCAGUUGUUUAUUGCACAUGCUCAGUUUAUUCACAAGAAAAUGAAGCAGUUGUCAAGAAAGCACUGGAAUUUCAAGACCAGGGGAUUAAAAUACAACCUUACAGGGUCAGUCCUCCUGUUCUGCCACUGUGUUCUUUAAAAGAAAUACAUUUGUCUACUGAUAAAUUUUUCAGAAUGGAACCAUCUGAAAUUACCAAUGGUUGUUUUCUUUCUAUUUUAACAAGAGAGCGGGACCCGUCUGAGACCGUGUCUGUGAAAGACGUCCUGGCCCGGGCUGCGGCCAAGGGCCUGCUGGAUGGGAUGGAGUUGGGGAAGUCAUCCAAGCGCGAGAAGAAGAAGAAAAAGUCAAAAACGGCACUGACAAAAUCGUGCACGACGGAAAGUAAUGGCAUCCAGAUGAAAAUUGCCGAGUACCUGAAUCGAGAAACGAAAGCAGCCAGUCAGACAGACACACUACUGACAAAGCCAGCGGCCUCGCAGAAAAACUCCACCCCGAGCGCGGCGGUCGCGAACCCCCGAAAACCCCAAAAGGCUUCCCCCGGCCCGCUGGUGUCGUCCGUGAUGAAGAACGCCGGCUCCUCCCGGCCGUGUAACUACUCGAGGCACCGGCCGGAGGGCAGGGUGAUCCCGCUGAAGCCCGUGGAGAUCAUGCUGCCGCCCGUGAUGCUGCCGUCGUCCAGCCCCCAGGCCAGCCGGAGCCAGCUGCCCACCCAGCACUUCUACUACCGGUGGGUGGCCCCCAAGACCAGCGGGCCCGGCUACCUGCCCACGUCCUCCAUCUACAAGCGGGGGGAAAAGCCCAAGGAGAACUUACCCUCCGCCCGCCUCGGCCAUCCUCGGCCUUGGCUGUGACCGUCCUAGGUUGGUGACGGGCCAGAGCAGGCGACAUUUUGUUUUUUCCAAGUCUGGUGUUUCUCCAGGUUGAGCCAUCACCGCCUAAGGUAUUCAUUCAGCCACGCAGUGUGUUCGGAUGCGAUUCUGCCCUCAGAGAAUUGCACAGGCGGGCCGCAGUGAUGACGGGGUUAGGCGAGCAGGAUUGAGAUCCCAGCCGCCA